UUUUGAAAAUAACCGUGCUUGUUCCGACAGGCGCCAUUGUUGAGGAGUUAACAGAGAGUGGUGAUGUACUGAAUAAAAAUAGUUUAUAAAAACUCCUUAUAGUGUGCAAGAGAACAUACUAUAUAAGCCGAGACGUGGAUUAGCAGUUGUACAACACAGUAGACAUGGCACAGCGUGUUGCUGUGAACGAUGGAGCUGCUGGAUCCAAGCGGACCUCUCGGGUUCGUGUGGCGGUUCGGCUCAGGCCCUACUUGGACAAGCAGGACGAGAAGGGAGAAGGGCCCUGUGUCAGGGGUCUGGGGCCACAAAAGCUGGAGAUCAUCAACUGGAGGAACGCCACUGAGACCCUUCAGUACCAGUUCGAUGUGUUUCAUGGCGAGCAGACCACACAGCAGGAGGUGUUUCUGACCUCCGUCAAGCCCAUCCUCCCUCACAUCCUCAAUGGUCAGAACGCCAGUGUCUUUGCUUAUGGACCCACUGGAGCAGGAAAGACCCACACCAUGCUCGGCAGUCAAGAGCAGCCGGGCGUUAUUACCCGAGCUGUGAAGGAGGUCUUCAGACUGGUUGAAGCUCAGGGAAAGGAUCUGGAUGGUUGGGAAUACUCGGUUGGGAUGUCUUACCUCGAGAUCUACAAUGAAAAGGUGCUGGAUCUGUUGUCCCCGGGUUCCCAGGACCUGCCCAUCCGUGAAGACAAGGACAGAAACAUCCUCAUUCCCGGGCUAACACGCACACCACUCUCAUCCUUUACUGAUUUUGACACUCAUUUUAUCCCCGCGAGUCUAAACCGCACCACGGCCUCUACUAAACUCAACCAGCGCUCCAGCCGCAGUCACGCUGUCCUCCUCAUAAAGGUAGUGAAGUCUCAGCGUGGGCCGCCACACAGACAACAAACAGGAAAGCUGUAUUUAGUUGACUUGGCUGGUUCAGAAGACAACCGGCGCACAGGAAACCAGGGCAUCCGUCUGAAAGAGAGCGGGGCCAUCAAUCUGUCUCUCUUCACCCUCAGUAAAGUGGUGGAUGCUCUGAACGCGGGGGCCGGGGGCCGCGUGCCCUACAGAGACAGUAAACUCACCCGUCUGCUGCAGGACUCUCUGGGUGGUUCAGCCCAUUCUGUCAUGAUCACAAACAUCGCGCCGGAGUACAGAUACUACUUUGACACAUUCUCAGCCCUUAACUUCGCCGCCAAGUCUAAGCAGAUUGUCAAUCGGCCCUUUGUCAGGGAAACCGUUUUGGCUCCUACGAUUGCUCCUGGAAAGAGAGCCAGAGAGGAACAGGAGGCUGGAGGUUCUGGUGAGCGCCAGAACAAAACAUCUAAAGAGGGAAAGAAAGCUGAACAGUCUCAAUCACCUCCCGUACAUCCACACAGUUCACCAGAUUCAUCGGUUCUGGAAAGACUCCUGGCCCUGGAGAAGAUGAUGAUGGGCUCUGCUGAGAGGGAGAGGCUCAACCUGCUCAAAACUGUUGCACAGUCCCGUAAAGAAAUACAGAUGUUGAAGGAGAAACAGAAGGAGCUGGAGGACAAAGCAAACAUGUUUAACAAGCAGAAUGAAACCAUUGAGAAAGAGUCCAAAGAUGCACUUCUCUUUAAGACAGAUCUGCCCCUACUGCACAGAAAACCGUCUACAGUCGCCAAACCACGCAAACAGCAAGCGGUCGUCACGCCAUUACAGGUCUCUCAGGUGCAGCCCUUGCAGCAGUGUGCUGUGGUGUGUAAACCCUCUCAGUUCUUGGAUAAGAAGAAGAAACGUAUCCAAACUGAGGUGGGUCAGGGGAAGGAGAACGGAGGUGUGGAUCCUCCCUCAGCUAAUGACGUCAACUGGGAGUCCCAUCUGGAUUCAGCAUUACUAGAGCAGUCCAGGAAGAAGAUCCUGCAGACGCUGAACUCCGGCUCUCUGAAGGAUCUCAAGAGCCUGCAGCUGAUCGGAGACAAGAAAGCCAAAUUAAUCAUGGGCUGGAGAGAGAUUCAUGGGGACUUCACACAGGUGGAAGACCUGAAGCAAAUCGAAGGCAUAACAGUUAAACGUUUCUCCUCUUUUAUAAAGGCCAAUAUUCUCAGCAGUAUGGGAAAGUGAAGUGUAUGAGGCACUGUGCUGAAGAGGAGCGUUUGAACACUUGUUUUUAAGAUGUUCUUACACAUUUUAUGCGUGUAACAUUUUGUACAGAUUUUUUUGUGUACAAGUUUGUAUAUUUGACUGCUUUCUUCCAUGUUUUCUAUAAUUUCUGCAUACUAUUUUUCCUUUUUAGUAUUUAAUUUUUUUUUUAAUGAUCUGAAAAUUUAUCAUGUGGCACCAAAUAAAUGCCACCGUCACAAAACAAAGCUCAGUGAGUUUUUCUUUUUUUAUGCAGUAACGUCAGCUGGAAAUCUCUCUCUUCGUCGCUUAUUUUCAUUGCAUGUCUUUUGUAAACUCUGACAGUAGCUUCUUCGUGCCAAAUGAGGGUUUUGCACUUGCAAAUGCUGUUAGUUAAUCUGGCCCUUUAAGCAUUCAGAGGCAUUCUGCACAUUCAGACUAAGAGCAUUUUUAAGCCAAAUCAGGGUUCCCACACGUCCUGGAAAAUUUAUGACACUUUUUCUUUGUCCUGGAAAAUGAGAGAACAUGUAAAAUGUCCAGGAAAAGGUUGUAGUUGUGUGUGUGUGUGUGGUUUUUUUUUUUUUUUUUUUUUUUUUUUUUCAAUGGUGCUUGAAAUGAACUGAAAUGUUUUACAGACUUCUGUAGAGAGGAAUAUAUUACUUUAGGGUAUGAUCCUUGUCUUUUAUUGUCGUUGUACAUAAAUUAAAAAAGUCCUUGAAAAUGAUCACUGAAAAAAGUGGGAACCCUGCAAAUAUAUGUUGACAAAUUAGUAUUUUGAACAAUUUGGAAGGAUUUAUUCAACCAGCUGCAUGCAGAAACUAUUUUGAAAUGAAACUUCCAAAAGACAAAAUUUUUU